GCAAGUCUGAGACCUUCGGCCCCAUGUUGCACACCCUCUUGGAGGGAACGGCCGUGGACGCUCUGGAGCAUGUGGAGCUGGACGAGUUGGCAGUCGACGGCGGUGAAGAGAAGCUGUUCGCCGUCCUGGACGCACGAUACCCAGAGCGAGAGGUGGCCGACCGAGUGGGAGACGCGCUGGAGUCCGUGUUUGGUCUGAAGAUCGAGAAAGCGGAGCUCACUAGUGCGUGCGUGGGCCGAGCUCAGACGAUACUCGUGAAGGCCAAGAAGGAGGGCGUGGAAAUCCCUGAUGUCGCUCAAGGAUUUCUCCUUCUUCGGGGCGCCCGCCUCGGAGGCGACCGGCGCGCCGUCGUCCUCGCGGCCAGCGAGAGGCAGUGGACGUUUGAGAAGUUGGCCCUGGCACUCAAGACGGUCUACCCGAAGGUGCUGCCCGAGCACGGCGUGCACCUGGUGGAGGACGACUACGUGUGGGAGGCGGCGGGUGAAGAAUAUCCUCCCGCGGCAAGCUCCCAGGAGGAGGUGGAUGCGUUCCUGGCGGAGGUCGAGCAGGAUCGUGAGGAACCCAUAGAAGAGGAUGAGGCCAUCCAGGUGCUGGCGACGCGGAAGGAGACCCGAGUGGCGGUCGCCGAGGAGCGGAAGAAACGUGGGCUGCCAUUUCCACAGGCGCCCGAUCUGAAAAAGUUCUCCGCUCGGGUCCGCUGCUGGGCAUGUAAGCAAGUAGGUCACUUCAGCAAGGAGUGCCCGAAACGAGCUGGCAAGAGUGGCGGCAAGGGUCGCUUCGGCCAGAGGUUCGGGGUUGGCUUCGUCGAGAGUUUCUUCGCUGGAGAGAAAGAGGCCGACCCCUGGAGUGAGAUCGAGGAGAUCCUGGCAACCUGGGACGACAGGGGCCUCGGAGAGCAGCUGACCGAGGAUCAUUUCACGCGUCGGCGCAAGGAUGUGGACGAGAUCGCCGACGACGACGACGCGGCGGAGACGUUCAUGGUGCACUCACCGGGCGCCGGGGUGAUCGACCCAGGUUGCGCGAGGGCCCUGAUUGGCUUGGACACGCUGAGCGAGCUGAUCAGGACGUCCGGGAACGCCAUCGAGAUCGACGAGGACCACAAAGUGGUCACGUUCAAGGGGUUCAGCGGUGAUGAGCAGCACUCCAUCGGCGUCUGCAAGAUCCCGUGGAGGCUCGGUAACCACCUCGAGAUGGUCGACGUGUGCGUGAUCCCGGGCCAGGCGGGCCUCCUUCUGAGCAAGCCCCUCCUGAAGAAGCUGGGAUGCACGCUGGAUAUGGAGAAUGACGAGCUGGUCUUCCCGAAGUUGGGUGUCCGCGUGCUGCUCCAGACGACCCGCGGCGGACACUACGAGGCCAUAGACGAGAUGUGCGUUGUGAGCCGAGCAAGUUCGCGGAGACCCGUCAUCAUGGAGGCGUUAUUUCCCCCGGGGCUGACCAAGUGGGCCAGGGAGUUUGGGUUUGAGGAUGGCGGAGCAUACGAUUUGCAGACAGGUUGGGAUGCCCGCCAGCGCGAGGACGUCUCCCGGCUUUUCUGCGACCUGGAGACCAAGGAUCCGUUCCUUGCGUCGCGCAGUCCCCCCUGUGGCAAGCUGUCGCCGCUGCGGGCUCUCACGCCCGAGGACCGGCGCAAGGGCCCUGAGAGGUUUGAGCGCGAGGUUCAGGAGGCUGUCUCUUUUAUUGUCUUGUGCCUGGUGAUUGCGGAGUGGCAGAUGAUGCGCGGGAAGCAUGUCAUACUCGAGCAAUCCCGAGGGAGUUCGGCAUGGGGCUUGAAGGAGAUGACUUAUUUCCUGACGGAGUUCCCCUCCUUCAUCGCAGAGGCGGCGGCGUGCAGGUUUGGCAAGCUGGACCGGGUGUCAGGGCCCCCCCUCGCCAAGGUCUGGCGCUUCGCCUCGGAUCUCCCGGAGGUGGCCGAGGAGGUGGACCGCCAGCGCCGAGGCGGUCACGAGCAUCAGGACGUGAUGGGCAGCGCUGGCGGUAUGAAGCGUUCGGUCUGGCCCCAGAUCUACCUGGACAGACUGGCGAAGGCGUCAGUGAAAGGCGCCUACCAGGCCAGGAUGGAGAACCAGAGCUACACCCGCCAGACGGCCGUCCACGAGGCCAUGGGGGUCGGCGACCAGGGGGAGGACGAGGAGGCGGACACCGAGGGUGAGGAUCGCCUCAGCCGGGGCGACCUGUACCAUGGCCGGCCGCAGACCAUCGAGGCUGGCUUGUGCCGUCUACACGUCAAUCUCGGGUGCGACGUCAAGGCGGGCCCGAAGGCGGUUCGCCCAGCGGCGCCGGACAUUGCGCAGCCCCCUUUGAGGUCCAUCGGCGUGGACGUGAAGGGGCUGCCGUGCUGGGUGCCUGAUCAGAUCGUCAAGGCACUCAACAUCGUGUGCGAUACGUCGCCGCUGCAGUCCAUGACUCCGUUCGAUGAGGGCGAUGACGAGGUGGCGGCCGACCUGUUGCGCCUGUGCCGAGACAAUUGGACUCGGCCACACCUGCGCCCGAAGUGGAUCCGCCUUGACCCGGCGAAGCCUCACGUGUCCAAGGUCUUCGCGAGUGCGAUGGGUCGGGGCGGGGCCACAAUCCAGGACGCGGCCGGCAGCGCCAAGGGGCAGAACGGGAAGGUGGAGCGGCAUGGGCAGCGGUUCGCCCAGAUGCUGCGCGCCGUGAUCGCCGAGGCCCAGCCUCAGGGCCGCGGCGAGUGGCGCGAAUGCGUAACGCAGGAGAGGGCAGCGCGGCGCCUAGUGGAGUCGUCGCUACGGACUCACACCGUCGACCUGGAUGGCACGAAGGCGAAGUUCUACUCGGGCAUCACCGCGGACGCGCGGCCGCCGGAGGCUUCACCACCUGCCGAAGCAGAGCCGCCUGCUGCCGACUCAGCGGAGAUCCCGGUCCCAGGGGAUGCGCCGGGGGACUGGCCUAACGAGGAGACGGAGGGCGAUCAAGGCUGCGCUGGGUCUGCUGGAGCUCCUGUCGACUCAGAGCCGGCGGAGGUCCGGGAGCGGCUGCGAUGCAAGACGUAUGUGGAGGAGGCGACGCGCCCCCGCUUCGGGGGCGAAGUGCCGAUGCCUCCUGGGGGCGGGGACCUGGACCCUCAGGCUGUGAGUGCGGAUUCAGCCCUCAAGCGAAGCCUGUCAGCUCGCCGGCCUGGGCGCCCCAAGCAGCAGCGUGUGCAGUCAGUUAUGGCAGUUGCGGCCUCGCCCGACAGCGAUGACGACGACGAGAUCUUCGCGGUGGACAUAGAGGAGGUCCUGCUGGCCAGAGGCAGGCGAGAGCUUGACAGGCGGGAACCGCGCUGGUGCUCAAAAGACGGGCUGGCCAAGAUCGCACAGGGCUACGCCAAGGAGUACAGCAAGCUGAUCGAGAAUACCCAGGCAUGGCGCCCUCUUCCGCUUGAGGAGUCGAGGAGAGUGCGGUCUACCCAGCCUGAUCGCAUCAUGAAGCCCCGACCGGUCCUGACGGAGAAGGAGGACGAGGAGGGCAACGUUGCAGUGAAGUGUAGGAUGACUAUCCGAGGGUUCAAGGGCCCAGACCUCCUGGAGUUGGUGAUGGCGGGCCGCACUCAGGCCCCGACGCUGUCCUCAAACGGGAGGGCGUUCGUCCUCCAGACCAUCGCUUCCGCCAAGUUUCCCGUGGCCAUCGGGGACGUGGAGGGGGCCUUCCUCGAGACGGACGCGUCGCUGGCCCCGGCAGAGCACGGCGCGAUCUACGUUUCGCUACCGUCGGAGUUCUUGCCCGACGGGAUGCACGGGGAUCAGCUCUGCGAGGUCAUCAACGGUUACGGCCGGAGCGAUCAGCCUCAGCUGUGGUGGCUGACCUUCAGCAAGUUCCUGGUCGAGGAGCUGGGUUUUGUGAAGCAUCCCACGGACCCGUGCGUGCUGUUGCUGUUUGAGGAUGUCGGCGACUCCGUGGAGUUCGACCUCGAUGACUACCGGAUCAUCGACGGCCAGGGGGCAGGGCCCCUUCGAGCGGCCCGGCCUGGCGACCUGUGCGGUGUCAUCGGCCAGCGCGUGGACGACGGCGUGUUCGGCGGCUGGGGGCCCAAGUGGGCCGAGGCUUUGUCGCAGCUGAGGGGCCGUUUUCCCUACCGCAAGUGGCGCGAGAAGGAGGCCGAAUUCGUCGGGUCCUGGCUGCGGCAGCUUUCCGACUACACCAUCGUGCAGACGCAGCAUCAGCGCGCGUCUGAGGCGACGAAGCGGGUGUCGACCCGCCGACAUGCGAGCGCUGACGCUCUGGCGGUCCCGUCAGAAAUAAAAGAUUUCCUCUCCCUCAACCAGCGGGGAAACUGGCUGGCGACCCAGACCCGGCCAGACCUCAGCAUCCUCGUGAGCUCGAACCAACAGAGGACGCCCCACCCCACAGUCGGUGAUACCAGGAAAGGAAAUAUGUUGGCUCGUCGUGCUCAGCAGCUUGCAGACCUCGAGAUCCGAUACCCCUCGAUCCCAAUCGCCGAGCUCACUCUCAUCCUCCGCUCAGACUACUCGUCGAAAGAAAUGUCCAACAUGGGCCACACGCAGGGGGGCUACAUCAUCGGGGUGACUAACAGGGACAUGGAGCUAGGCAGGGUUUCCCGGUGGGGCCCCUUGAUCUGGAGGAGUUAUCGGGUGAAGCGGGUGGUCAAGUCUACGUUGGCGGGGGAGUCGUCUGUGAUGGCCGACGGUCUCGGACAUUUGGAGUGGGUCAUGUGCUUCUUCGCCAUGGGGUUCUUCCGAGGCUUCACUCUUGGAGAUAGGGCCAGGUAUCUGAGUAAGUGCAAGAGUCUGGCGGUCAUCGACUGCAAGAGUAUCUAUGACAACGCGUGCAAGAUGGGGCCCGUCUGGGAUCGACGAUAA